AUGGCAGGCACUUGUUCGAUGCUCUGUUUGAUCAUCAUCACAUUGUUCAUUCCUCCUCUGGGAGUUUUCCUCAUCUCAGGUUGCGGCGCGGACUUCUGGAUCAACGUCCUUCUCACUAUUCUUGGCUACUUCCCUGGUCACAUCCAUGCCUUCUACCUAGAAUACGUCUACUACAAUCGUCGCAACCGCGAUCCCCUAACUCGUGCUGCUCAGCAACCAGCCCCGGGUGUCUACUCCACUCGCAUCCAGAAUGGAGGUCAUCACGCGCAUCCUCCUAUGCAUGCCCCUCCCCCUGCCCAGGGGGGCUACGGUACUAUCUGA